AUGUCUGACUCAUACUCCAAGACGGCGUCCGAGGAGCCCGGACUCACCCAGAAGCUCACCGACGCGCGGACGUUCUUGGGUAACCACAAGACGGUGCUACUUACUACAAGGGCACCGAAUGGCGCGCUCCACGCCAGGACGAUGGCUGUCGCGGAGAUCACGCCGGACUGGAAGUUCAGGUUCAUCUAUGACAAUGAGAGCUACAAGGAGAAGGAGGUCGACAAUGACAACCACUGCAACAUCGCUGUUGACGGCACCGAGAAGAACGACGGCUGGAUCUCCAUCUCCGGCAAGGCCUCUCGCACCAACGACGAGAAGAUCGUCGAGAAGCUCUUCAAUCCCACCACAAAGGCAUGGUUCGGUGACAAGGGCGACGGAGUGCACAAUGGGACCCCCUCCGACCCGCGCGUCGCGGUGAUGGAGAUCCAGGUGGACGAGAUCCGUCACUUCCACCAGGUCAAGACGCUUGUGGGCAUGGCGGUGGAUGUUGUGUCGUCGGCCGUGGGCGGUUCGACUGCCAAGCCCGGAGAGAUCAGGACGAUCACGGGCGAGGAGAUUAAGGCUGCGUGGAGCAAGGGGGAGCUGAAGGAGGCGUAA